UGCGUAUCCGAGAUGUCGUUGAGUCGAGUAAUCCAACCUUGUCAUCAUUUCUUAGCGUUUUAUCUUUUGUUCAAUCAUCUCGUUAAAAGUGGAUUAUCCGAGUGUUUUUCGAACGACACCUGUUCGAGAACCAAAAGGAUUGUGGAUGACGAUAACCCGAGGUAUCUGAUAUUUCCGCAGGGAAGUAACGUUCAGUUGGUAUACUGUAUGACCAUCGCCACGUACUCGAAGCCUCAAGGAAUGUUUACCGUUGGUGUUACGGCCGGACUGGCAUGGGAACUUCCUCAUAGAAAUACCGUAUUGUACAGGAAACCUGCCGAGGUUUAUCAUCGUCGAAGCAGAAGGGAGUUGUACCGCAAAGUGGAACUAAUGCUGAAAACUCAAGGUAAAGAUGGCAAGGCUUGUGUUCUCAAAGCAAUUUGCAAAGCUGCUAAAAGGGAUAGUAAACUGAUUGGCAAGGGUACAUUCCUCGAAGAAAUUUUACACACUAUAUUCACAUUACCGGAUGGAUAUUACGAGCUCGAUCCAAUGACAGAAUACGAAAAGGUUUAUACCAAUAAAAAAAAUUGCGACGAAUUUGUCGCUAAAUGUCCGGAUGUCUUUUGA